UGGCCCCGCGGCCGCUGCCUGCCCGGGCCGCAGCCCCGCUCCGGCUUCUUCCUUCUCGCUGUGUCUUGUUUCUUCAGCAAGCGCAGCGGAGGGAUUCGCGGCUGGAAGCCAGGGAUGGAGGAGCAUGCGGUGAGUCCUGGGGGUGGGAAGAGCCGGUGCUGUACCCCUGAGGAUGCUCCUGGGGCAGCUUUUUAAGCACAGGCUGGCAGGCCUGGAGCUCCCGGUGUUUGGGAUUACGGCGCUGACGGAGGAGUAAUCACCCCUGGGACUGAACCGGAGCAGUCGGGACACCUCGGGACACCUCUGCAGGGUUCCCAGCAAGUGGCAGCAGCGAGAUCCCGGCCCCCAGGAAUGAGGUACCUCCUAAAAGCCCCAGACCCCACCAGAACCCUCCAGCCCUGAAGACCCCGUCCCCAGGCUUCACCCUGCGCUGCGCCUCUGGCCCGGCCCUGCCCGCCAUGGCCUUGUGUCUCAAGCAAGUCUUCAACAAAGACAAAACGUUCCGUCCCCGGAAGAAGUUUGAGCCGGGCACUCAGCGCUUCGAGCUGUACAAGAAAGCUCAGGCCUCCCUCAAGUCCGGCCUGGACCUGAAGGCCGUGGUGCAGCUGCCUCCGGGGGAGAGCAUCAACGACUGGAUCGCCGUGCACGUGGUGGACUUCUUCAACCGCAUCAACCUCAUCUACGGCACCAUGUCGGAGUACUGCACGGAGAGGAGCUGCCCCAUCAUGUCAGGGGGGCUCAAGUACGAGUACAGGUGGCAGGAUGACAGCAAAUACAAGAAGCCGACCAAGCUGUCGGCCCCGCAGUACAUGUGCAUGCUGAUGGACUGGAUCGAGAUGCUCAUCAACAACGAGGACAUCUUCCCCACCAGGAUAGGUGUUCCCUUCCCCAAGCAGUUCCAGCAAGUUUGCACUAAGAUCCUCACCCGCCUCUUCCGUGUCUUUGUCCACGUCUACAUCCACCACUUUGACAGCAUCAUCAACAUGGGUGCUGAGGCCCACGUCAACACCUGCUACAAGCACUUUUACUACUUCAUCAGGGAGUUCAGUCUCAUCGACCAUCGGGAGCUGGAGCCCUUGAAAGAAAUGACAGAACGCAUUUGCCACUGAGGCGUUUUGGCAGGUGAACUGAGCUGGCUCCUGCCGAGCCCCGUGGGACAAGGCAGCCCGUGGUGGGAGAGCUCUUCCUAAGGACUCACUUCACCC